AUGUCUUCAAUCUCAUCCGGUGACUCGAAAUUUACCACCUCGCAAACGCCAGAAGGCCUACUAGAUCUAUCACAUCCAUCUCAAGUCACUCCCGACCCAGAAGCUCCAACAUCGUAUCAGCGCACCAUCUACACCUCACUAAAAGCAUCGAAGUUCUCUACCAACUCCUUAGCAUGGCCGUCGCUCGCACGAGCCGCUGUUCCAGCGGCAAAUUUCGGGUAUGUCCACGACAGCGCGGGACGAGGCUCAACAUGUGCGAAUAACGUAGCUGCGUUUAACAAUUACCGUCUCAAGCCAUCUAUGCUUGUUAAUGCCACGCGUCGUGAUCUGUCCGUUGAAUUGUUUGGAAAACGCUAUGCGAAUCCACUUCUUGUGGCGCCAGUCGGUGUCCAGGAGAUCAUGCAUCGUGACGGUGAAGUCGCUACUGCAAAGGCAUGUAAAAAUGUCAACGUGCCGAUGAUAUUGAGUACGGCUGCUACCAGGAGUAUCGAACAGGUCGCAGAGGCGAACGAGGAUGGAGAGAGGUGGUUUCAGCUCUACUGGCCAAGGAGCGAGUACGAAGACAUCACUGCGAGUCUGUUAGACCGCGCCAAGAAGGCCGGAUACGGCGUACUCGUCGUGACCCUGGAUACGUUCACGAUAGGAUGGAGGCCUGUUGAUCUCGAUACAAGCUAUUUGCCAUUCUUGUGGGGUCAGGGAUGUGCCGUAGGGUUCUCAGAUCCGGUAUUUCAGAGGAGAUUUCAGCAGGCGUUGACGUUGGACACGAGGACUACAAGUGAGAAGAUGAGGGAGGUCGGUGAUUUGCUACUGCGGCCGGGCACACCUUGGGGAGCGUUAAAGGUUCUAAGAAAUCUAAGAACAUUACAGAGGAGUAAGAUGUGGUUGGAUGUGAUGAAUAGUGGUACAUAUAGAGAUUGGAAAGACAUCCAGAUACUAAGAAGACUAUGGGGCAAUGGUCCGAUUGUGCUCAAGGGCAUUCAGAAGCUGGAAGAUGCACACAAGGCUAUCGACGCUGGUGUUGACGGAAUUGUGGUUUCGAAUCACGGUGGCAGACAGUUGGAUGGUGCCAUUGCAAGCUUGGACGCACUGAGAGAGAUAUGCACCGAUGAGAGGGUGAGGAGAAGUGGUCUGACAGUUCUUUUUGACAGCGGUAUUCGCACAGGGACUGAUGUGCUCAAGGCCAUGUGUCUUGGCGCCAAGGCUGUCCUUAUUGCCAGACCAUAUAUGUACGGACUAGCAUUUGGUGGACAGCAGGGUGUCGAGCACGUUUUGAAUUGUUUGCUUGCAGAAAUUGACAAUGGUCUUGGUCAAAUGGGCAAAAAGAAUUUGAAGGACCUGAAUAGGGGCGACCUUCAGAUUCAAGCGAGAUUGUGA